AAAACUCUGCCACCCUACCCCACAAAAAGCAACUUUUUUUUUUCCUUCAUCAUAUAGUGGUCUUAUUACACAAUCGAUGUUACAAUCUCUCAAGUUGGGCCUAUACAAUUUCAUCACUCUCAAUAGUGUUGGAGUCAUUUUAAGGAAACCCAAGUUUCAGGUUUUGGUUUCUGUGAAUUUGACAAUAAUGGGGUCUAAAAAAAGACCCUUUUCAACCUCAUCAACAACUGCAAAAUCAAAUGAACCAAUGAGUAUUACAACUGAUAAGGGUGUUUCAAAGGAAAAUGGUGGCAAGAGUAGGGAGAUUCUUGUGGAGGAUAUGGAAACUGUAGAGAAAAUGACAGUUCCACAGCUCAGAGUGAAACUUAGGAGUCUUGGGAUUCCUUCCAGAGGUACUAAGCAAGAACUUGUUGCUUCUUUGAAGACUUUCCUCGACAGCAAACUUAGCGAUGCAGGCAAUGGAUCUGUCGCACAGGAGGAUCAAGUAUCAUCUGAGGAGAGUCUAGGAGUAGCAGAUAACACUUCAAAAAAGAAGUCUAGAAAAGUGUCGAGUAAGAAUCGUGACCAAAGCGACAUUGUUGCAUCAGAGGUUCCUAGUACUAGGCAGACGAAAAAACGAGUGAAAAAAGGCCACACCAAGGAUACCAGUGUUGACAUUAUUGUUAAACAAGCUGAAAUUACCGAAGAGCUUUCCAUUGAAUCUAAUGACAUCAAAGGCAAGAAAAAUGUACGAGCAAAGAGAAAAGUUUCAUCGGCGACUGCUUCAGCACACGUUGGAGUUUCUGAGGGCGUUGAUCUUUCUGUAAAUCAAGAUGAACCUUGGACUAUUUUCGCUCACAAGAAGCCCAAUGAUGGGUGGAUUGUAUACAAUCCUAAAACAAUGAGGCCACCUCCUCUUUCUAAGGAUACAAAACAUGUUAAGUUAUUGUCUUGGAAUGUCAAUGGUUUGAGGGCUCUAUUGAAGUCAAAGAAACUUUGCAUACAGCAGCUUGCUGAUAGAGAAGAUUUUGAUGUACUAUGCCUACAGGAGACUAAACUACAGGAAAAAGAUGUUGAAGAGAUCAAAGAAAGUCUCCACGGCUAUGAGAAUAGCUUUUGGACUUGCAGUGUCUCUAAGCUUGGAUAUUCUGGUGCUGCAAUCAUCUCACGGAUUAAACCACUUUCUAUCAGAUAUGGUCUCGGUAUACCUGAUCAUGAUACCGAAGGACGGCUUGUCACGGUGGAGUUUGAUGACUUCUAUUUACUGUGUGGAUAUGUUCCAAAUUCUGGUGAUGGACUACGACGAUUGACGUACAGAAUUACAGAGUGGGAUCCUUCUCUUGGGAAUCACAUGAAAGAGCUAGAGAAGUUGAAACCUGUUGUUUUGACCGGUGAUCUAAAUUGCGCCCACGAGGAGAUAGAUAUCUAUAAUCCUGCUGGAAAUAAAAGAAGUGCAGGCUUCACUGAAGAAGAAAGAGAGUCCUUCGAAACGAACUUUUUAAACAAGGGUUUUGUAGAUACAUUCAGGAAGCAGCAUCCUGGUGUCGUUGGUUAUACUUACUGGGGUUACCGCCACGGUGCACGUAAAACUAAUAAAGGAUGGCGGCUUGAUUACUUCCUUGUCUCGGAAUGCAUUGCUGACAACGUGCACGACUCGUACAUUCUCCCAGACGUAGAUGGCAGUGAUCACAGUCCCAUUGGCCUUGUCCUGAAACUGUAGGUUCGAAGUUGCAACCGUCUUUUUUGCUGAUUCCGACAUCUUGAUGUUUUUUUCGAAGACCGGCACCACAACAAGGAAGCGCGAUGAAAAUAUUUUCAAGAAGCUACCUGGGGUAGUAGUUGUUUGGCUCUCAAAUAUUUUGAUCAUAUAAAUGGUGAAUCCUGAUUUUUGAAGUGCUAUACAGGAUUCACAUUUGUUAUGCUAUUUUGAUGCUUUGUUGAUUCACUAAGGAAGCAAAAAGUGUCACAUUUCUAGGGAGAGCUGGAGUGAGUACCGAGUAAAAAAUUGGGAUGAGCAUAUUGAGUAUCAUAUACUCCUGUAUAACUUCUGUUUUUUGUUUAAGCAUCCGGUGUUUGGAACUCACUAACCCGACUAAUUCAGAUUUGCAUCAUAGGAAGUGUAUUAUGGGGGUUUUAAUGAUCCUUAUUUGCGUUGGAGGCUAAUUUGGAUUUUA